UUUGCCGUGCGCGGGACGGGGCUGAGGGACACGGCAUCUGCCGCCCCUCAGCCCCGGAGGAAGCCUGGGGAUCCGCUGGUGCCGGGGCGCUCCCGCGGGGCUCCGGGCGGGGACCCUCUGCAGCUCCCGCUCUCCGUCCCGGCCGGGCGGCCGCCCCCGCCGCCUCCGUAGCCAUCCCGCGGGUCGCGCUCCUGCCGCGCCGCUCGCCGUCGCUGCAAAGAGCGGCUGCUCGGGGCUGGAGCGUCCGUGGUGUCGCGGUGGCUCCGCCGUUCCCCGGAUCGGGCCCUGCGGCUGUGGAGGCGCCGAAAGUGUUUUCUCCCACGAAGGAAGCUGUCACAGAAAGUGAAAGAUGAAGCCUCUUGUUCUCUUGGUUCUUGUGAUCUGUACUGUAGUCAGCAUGAAUUUGAAGCUCGUGUCAAAGAGAAAUUCUGUUGAUGGUUGCAUUGACUGGUCAGUGGAUCUCAAGACAUACAUGGCUUUGGCAGGUGAACCAGUCCGAGUGAAAUGUGCCCUUUUCUACAGCUAUAUCAGAACUAAUUAUAGCAUGGCCCAAAGCACAGGUCUUAGGCUUAUGUGGUACAAAAACAAAGGAGAUUUAGAAGAACCCAUUAUAUUUUCUGAAGUUAGGAUGAGCAAGGAUGAAGAUUCAAUUUGGUUUCAUUCGGUUGAGUUGCGAGACAGUGGUUUCUACACAUGCGUUCUAAGAAACUCGACAUACUGCAUGAAGGUGUCCAUGUCCUUGACAGUAGCUGAGAAUGAAUCUGGGCUUUGCUACAACAGCAAGAUCAGAUAUCUGGAAAAAUCAGAAGUCACUAAGAGAAAGAAAAUCUCCUGUCCUGAUAUUGAGGAUUACAAAACAGCUGGUCAAGAGCCUGAUGUGGUGUGGUAUAAGGAAUGUAAGCCAAAAAUGUGGAGAAGCGUUGUAAUUCAGAAGGGGAAUACUCUGUUAAUACAAGAAGUCCAGGAAGAAGAUGGAGGAAAUUAUACUUGUGAACUAAAGUUUGAAGGCAAACUUAUACGAAGAACAGUUGAAUUGAAGGUUACUGCUUUACUCACAGACAAACCUCCAAAGCCGUUGUUCCCCAUGGAGAACCAGCCAACUGUUAUAGAUGUCCAGCUGGGAAACCCACUGACUGUGGCCUGCAAAGCUUUCUUUGGAUUCAGUGGAGAAUCAGGCCCCAUGAUCUACUGGAUGAAAGGGGAAAAAUUCAUAGAAGAAUUAGAAGGUCACAUUAGAGAAGGCGAAGUCAGACUUCUCAGAGAACAUCUUGGAGAAAAGGAAGUUGAACUGACAUUGAUCUUUGAUGCUGUAGAGGAGGCAGACCUGGCUAACUAUACGUGUCACGUGGAAAACAGAAAUGGACGGAAACAUGCCAGUGUUCUCCUGCGCAAGAAAGAUUUGAUCUACAAAAUAGAACUUGCCGGAGGACUGGGAGCCAUCCUUCUUCUGCUUAUUUUGCUCGUGACCAUCUAUAAGUGCUACAACAUAGAGUUAAUGCUAUUCUACAGGCAGAACUUUGGAGGAGACGAAGCAGCUGAUGACAACAAGGAAUAUGAUGCUUAUCUUUCAUACACCAAAGUGGAUCCUGAUGCAUUAGAUUGUGAAAAUAAUGAAGAGGAGCAGUUUGCACUUGAAAUUCUGCCGGAUGUUCUAGAAAAGCACUACGGAUAUAAGCUUUUCAUUCCGGAUAGGGACCUGAUCCCUAGUGGAACCUAUAUUGAAGAUCUCACAAGAUGUAUUGAACAAAGCAGAAGACUCAUUAUCGUGUUAACUCCAGACUAUGUUCUCAGGAGAGGAUGGAGUAUUUUUGAGAUGGAAAACAGACUCCAUAACAUGCUAGUCAGUGGAGAAAUCAAAGUUAUUUUGAUUGAGUGUACUGAAUUAAAAGGGAAAGUGAAUUAUCAUGAAGUGGAAUCUUUAAAGCACACCAUCAAACUUCUCUCAGUGGUCAAGUGGAAAGGACCAAAAAGCAGCAAACUGAAUUCUAAGUUUUGGAAGCGCCUAGUCUUUGAAAUGCCGGGGAAGAAAAAGGAGGUGGUGUCUCGGCAUCAGGUCCUGGAUUCUGCAGAGCAGGGCCUUUUUGGAGACCUCCAGACUGUACCCUCUCUUGCCGUCACCGGCACUUCUGCCACGUUGGUAGAAUCGCGGGCUGAUUUAACUGAUUACCAUCAAGCGGACUCUGUGCAAAUGAGGCAUUAUUGCAGAGGAUAUGAAUAUGAUGUGUCAGCGGCAACAUUGCCAAUAGCUUCCAUAAGCAACCAUCACACAUACUGUAACAUACCCUUGACACUACUAAAUGGACAGCUACCUCUUAACAAUACCAUGAAGGAUCCCCAAGAGCCUCACAGGAACAACCCGUUGCUACCUUUAUCAGCAAAGGAGCUUAGCUUCACCAGUGAUAUUUGGUAGUGAAGAUCAGGACAUUUUGGGAUGCUUCAUGACUGCCAUGAAGAUGCAUUUUUAAAGAACUUUGGCCUAACCCCAUGGGGUGAGAAAAGAUAUUCGAAGCAGCAGCACACUUGUUUGCUUUUCUACUUGAACCUUUUGUUUACAUUUAGAAAUUACUGACAAAGGGGGCAUUCUUUUGUAACUUGGUAAUGUCCUUCCUGUCUUUUAAUGUACAAUUUUAUUGCUUCUUUAAAAAGGAGGGGGAAUAGAAAAAAAACAGAUCCCAUCAUUUUACAGUAGGUUUACAAUCUGGGAUGGAUAAAAGGUCACGGUACAUGAUCUCCCACAUUCAUACAUAUUUAGGUAAUAGUAUUCAAAAUACACAGAAGUUGUUGGGUUUUUGUUAUAGACUGCAGUACAGUUUGAAAUUCUAAUCAUGCUACGAAAAUGAUCAUCUCCUGCACAGACCAGGUGAAUCCUUCUCAGAAGGAGGGAGGAGGAAACCUCCCUGGUAAUGUUGUCUCACAAAUACAUUUUAGAAGAUGACCAGCUGAAACAAUGCAGGUGAAGCUUUAUCAAUAAAGUGCAUAGUAACAGUUGCUGCAGAAUAAAUCACCUGCCCACAUCAACAUCUCUUCAUUUUAUUAUUGAGGCAUGUUGUAUUCCUAGUCAAUGAUUAGCAAUGUGGUUUUAUUAAACAACUUACUAGAAUAUCAGAAGAUGUUUAGGAGGAUUUUAAAUAAUUUUUCUGUCAAUUAUAGAUUAUUUCACUAUUUUUUGCAGAUUUUUAAUGACUUUUUUUAAACAGUUUAAGUAUGAAUUUAUGUCUGUCAGUCAAUUCAUUACUCUGAAAUUUCUUAAAAUCUCUUGAGCUCUUUUAAGAUUUGUAAUAAAGGCAAUGUAAUUUUACAUAGGAUUUUUUUUUUUUCCAAAAUCAGUAGUUACAAUUUGAAAUCAACCUUUUUUGUGAGAACAUCAGCAAUAGAAAAUAAUGACUAGAGCAAUAUUCAGAGAUGAAGCGCUAAAUUAUUCAGGUUUACUAGUAGUCUAGUGCGGUGAUAAUCACCUGAGACAGUUUUCUCUCUGUUUAUCUACCUAUCAGUUUAGGUCCCUUUUAAACAUGGCCAAAACAGGAACAUUUCUGCUCUGUGCAACUAGUGAAAAGUGAUAAGCACCUGGUAAGGUCUUGCAUUUCUCACUUAUGUGAGUGAUCCCAUCAGUCAAAUAGGAUACUGCCAUUUAUCUUUCAUGGAAAGGAUUCUUGCUGCUUUUGGACCUACCCAUACUCAGCAUCAGGCUUCACUACUCAGCGAGUUAAGUUUUCUUUGGACCAGGACGUUUCAUGGAGAUUUCCACACUCUGUUGAUUCAGGGUUGCAGAAUCAGACCGUGGAGACAAUAGUAUUCAAGGAAAAAGCUCUAAAUAAUGAAGGCAGAAAACAGUUUUGCAAUUUUUGGCACAGUUUUAAUGAAAACACAGUAGACAUGAGAGUUUUGUUUCAGUAAGAUCUACUGGAGCAAGUUCCCCAAAAUAUUUUUAUGGCAGGCAAGCUUGCCUGUACUUCAGUAUGAUUUUAGCGUUGUUCUCUUUGCUUGCAUGAAUAAAAUCUCACACUCUGCACUUGGCUGCCUGCAGAUUCAUCGGCAAACAAGUUCAGUAAAUCCUUGACAUUUAGCGGUGGUUCCUAAAUUGCACCCUGCGGUCAAAUGGAAACAAACACUGACCUAAGACAGAAGUAUCCAGAAUUGGCCCAAAGGCCAUGAGAAUGAUCUCAAAUGUGCAGUAAUUCACCGAGGUCGGUAUUUUUCCAUUGCUUCUUUCCCCUGUUCUGUAUUCUGUGCCCUCUUACACCAGUUACUAUUGGUAAGAUUUUCAUUAGGUUCUGAAUAAUACAUAUUUCUCUUGUUUUUUUCUAGCAUUAUUAUGCAUUCAACACUAACACUGAAAAUGGAAAUCUAGAAAAUAUAUUAAUUUACUACACAUUAUAGAACUAUAACUUGCUCUUUUGUGAAGUUACGUUCCAAACAUAUGGGUGUUUAAUAUGCGUAUUUUUCUACUGAGAAAGUAAUUUUACCUCCAUUAUAAAUAUAUGUAUUUCAACCUCCUCCCAGAAAUUUACAGAAUUUGCACCGUUUUUUAAGUGUUUACAGACUGUGUUUACACUGGCUAUGUUCUUUAAUGCAAAGUGUGAUUUUUUUAAAAGGGAUAAAACUAAAAGAAAACCCUGCAUGAAAAGAGCUGCAUAUGUUUAAAUGAAAAGCUGUACUUUUCAUCGUUUUCCUUUCCACAUUACUUUAAAAUCUAGAUAAUUCACAUAGAAUGUUCAGUGAGAUUUUAAACCUACUGGUUCUGUACUAAGCAUGCAAACUCAAAAAAAAAAAAAAAGAAAAAAAAGAAAAAAAUGCAUAUGCAGGUUGAUCUGCUUCUUUUAUUUACAAUGACUAAAUAUGGGUAGCAAAUUCUUUUACCUGAUGAUAAUGUCUCUUAGAGCAGUAGCUAUACAAAAGCAAAAUGCAGUCAUGUUUGCAUUGAGGUAACAUGAAAAGAACAGUUUUUCUGUCAUUUUGCAAAAGCACAUUGUGUGUCUGUGUACCGAUGUCUUUUAGUUAUAGAUGACAAAUCACAAUCUGCUUUAAGAUUUUGAAGUGUGUAUUGACAAUAUAGACGUGAAUCUGAA